GGGCGUGGCCUCCUCGAGUCGACUCCCUCGGCCGGUCGGCUGCGCUUUUUCUGCCCGGCUCCGGCGCGCGCGCGCCCGCCCGUCCUUCUUCCCUUCGCCUUCGCCCGCAGUGUGGGCUUUGCCGCUCCGUCCGCCGGGUCCCUUCACACCCUUCGCAGCGCCAUGGCAGAGCAGGAGAGCCUCGAGUUCGGCAAGGCGGACUUCGUGCUGCUCGACGCCGUCUCCAUGCCCGAGUUCAUGGCCAACCUUCGGCUGAGGUUUGAAAAGGGACGGAUCUACACUUUUAUUGGGGAAGUGGUCGUUUCUGUAAACCCUUACAAGAACUUGAAUAUCUAUGGACGGGACAUGAUUGAGCAGUACAAAGGUCGGGAGCUGUAUGAGCGGCCCCCUCAUCUCUUUGCUAUUGCGGAUGCUGCGUACAAAGCCAUGAAGAGACGAUCAAAGGAUACCUGCAUCGUAAUAUCAGGUGAGAGUGGAGCAGGCAAAACAGAAGCAAGCAAAUACAUCAUGCAAUACAUAGCUGCCAUUACUAAUCCAAGCCAGAGAGCUGAGGUAGAAAGGGUGAAGAACAUGCUGUUGAAAUCCAACUGUGUCCUGGAAGCCUUUGGCAAUGCCAAAACCAACCGAAACGACAAUUCCAGCCGGUUUGGAAAGUAUAUGGAUAUCAACUUUGAUUUCAAAGGGGACCCAAUAGGUGGACACAUCAAUAAUUACUUGCUGGAAAAGUCACGGGUGAUUGUGCAGCAGUCAGGAGAGCGCAACUUUCACUCCUUCUACCAGCUACUCCAAGGAGGUUCUGAGCAGCUUCUACGUUCCUUACAUCUACAUAAGGAUUUAUCUGCAUACAGCUAUAUUGGUUCUGGAGUGCAGUUAAAGUGUUCUAUUAAUGACGGUGCUGACUUCAAAGCUGUCACUGAUGCUAUGAAAGUAAUUGGAUUUGAACCAGAGGAGGUUCAGACAGUAUACAAAAUUCUAGCUACCAUUCUCCAUUUGGGCAAUUUGAAGUUUUCUGUGGAUGGUGACAUACCUGUCAUUGAAAACAGCAAGUUAGUGUCUGUCAUUGCUGACCUGCUAUCAACCAAGGCUGACCUGGUGGAGAAGGCCCUGCUUUUUCGAACUGUUGCUACUGGCCGGGACAUCAUUGAUAAACAGCAUACAGAGCAAGAGGCCACCUAUGGCAGAAAUGCCUUUGCAAAGGCAAUAUACGAGCGCCUUUUCUGCUGGAUUGUGACACACAUCAAUGACGUGAUUGAAGUCAAGGACUACAACAGCACAGUUCAUGGGAAAAACACUGUAAUCGGGGUCCUUGAUAUCUAUGGCUUUGAGAUCUUUGACAAUAACAGUUUUGAACAGUUCUGUAUCAAUUACUGCAACGAGAAACUGCAGCAGCUCUUCAUUCAGCUUGUUUUGAAGCAAGAGCAAGAGGAAUAUCAGCGUGAGGGAAUUCCAUGGAAGCAUAUUGACUACUUCAACAACCAGAUCAUUAUUGACCUAGUGGAGCAACAGCACAAAGGAAUCAUUGCCAUUCUGGAUGAUGCAUGCAUGAAUGUCGGCAGAGUCACUGAUGGGAUGUUCUUGGAGGCUCUUAAUACCAAACUGGGCAAACAUGCUCACUUCUCCAGCAGAAAGCUCUGUGCUAUGGACAAAAACCUGGAAUUUGACAGAGACUUUCGGAUUAAGCACUACGCUGGAGACGUUAUCUACUCAGUCACAGGAUUCAUAGAUAAAAACAAGGACACUUUAUUUCAAGAUUUCAAGCGCCUGAUGUACAACAGCUCCAAUCCCGUGCUGAGAAAGAUGUGGCCAGAAGGCAAGUUGAGCAUCACAGAAGUGACUAAGCGACCACUGACCGCUGCUACCCUUUUCAAGAACUCAAUGAUUGCUUUAGUGGACAACCUGGCGUCAAAGGAACCAUACUACGUCCGCUGCAUUAAGCCUAAUGACAAAAAGUCGCCACAGCUAUUUGAUGAGGAGCGUUGCAGGCAUCAGGUGGAAUACCUUGGACUCCUGGAAAACGUCAGGGUCCGAAGAGCAGGUUUUGCCUAUCGUCAGACAUACGAGAAAUUCCUUCACAGGUACAAGAUAAUCCCUGAAUUUACUUGGCCAAAUCACAAGCUCCCAUCAGACAAGGAGGCUGUGAAAAAACUGAUUGAGCACUGCGGGUUCCAACACGACGUGGCCUACGGCAAGACCAAGAUUUUCAUCCGCACGCCUCGGACACUAUUUACAUUGGAAGAACUACACGCCAAGAUGCUUGUGUGGGUUGUUCUCUUCCUACAGAAGGUUUGGAGGGGCACACUGGCUCGCCUGCGCUACAAGAGAACCCGAGCUGCCCUCAAGAUCAUAAAGUGCUACCGCCGAUACAAAGUGAAGUCGUAUAUCUGCGAGGUUGCCCGGCGAUUUCACAACGUGAAGUCUAUGAAAGGCUACGGCAAGCAUGUGAGAUGGCCCACCCCACCCAAAGUGCUGCGGCGGUUUGAAGAGGCUCUGCAGGCAAUCUAUCACAGGUGGAGGGCGCACGAACUCAUCAAGAGCAUUCCUCCCAAGGAUGUAGCUCAGAUCAGGGCAAAGGUGGCAGCAGUGGAAGUGCUGAAGGGCCACCGAAGUGAUAUGGGGAUCCAAAGAGCCUGGCAGGGCAACUACAUUGCAUUGAAUCCAGAUAACCCUCAGGCUGCAGGCUCAUUCGUCCCCAUUGCCAAUGAGUUGAAACGAAAAGACAAGUUCAUGAAUGUUCUCUUCUCGUCUCACGUCCGCAAGAUAAACCGCUUUAGCAAAGUGGAAGAUCGGGCAAUUUUUAUCACUGACAGACACCUUUAUAAGAUGGAUCCAACAAAGCACUACAAAGUGAUGAAAACCAUCCCACUGUACAAUCUGACGGGAUUGAGUGUCUCCAAUGGAAAAGACCAGCUUGCAGUUUUCCACACAAAGGACAACAAGGACCUAAUUGUGUGCCUCCUCAGCAUGCAUCCAGUCAAUGAGAGCAAGAUCGGAGAGUUGAUUGGAGUCCUGGCAAAUCACUUCAAAACUGAGAAACGCCGCCUGCAAGUCAGCGUCGCCAAUCCGGUCCAGUGCAGCAUGCAUGGUCGGAAAUGCACCGUCUCCGUGGAAACCAGAAUAAACCAAUCAGAGCCAAACUUCACCAAGGAUCGGUCAGGCUUCGUUCUGUGUGUGCCUGGAAAUUAGCAUUGCUUCUGCUAGGGGAGGGCUGUGGGGGGGAGGGAGAGAGACUCCCCCUCUAAGCAGCCUUCCUUUCCUCUUGUGCCUUGAAUCUUGCACGGUGGGGGAGGAGGAGGAGGGUUGUGAAGAUGUUUGUCUGUGACACACAUCUAGACAUCUCUAAAGCUGCUACACUGAGCAGGAGCUUAAAAUAGCCCCUCCAUUGUGCUGGCUAUAAAUUUAGAACUGGCUCCCAUGCCAUGUUUUAGCAAAGUGCCUUUUAUGAAUGGAUAUAUAUAUAUAUCUCCCUCUGCUCUCCUCCUCCUAUUCCCCCCCCCCAUACCUAAGAUGGUUGUGUAAUUAAUCCUUGGGACUCCAAAGCCUUGUAUGGGAGGGAAUAGGAGAGGGGGGAAACCCCUUUGGAUUUUAUGCAGGCCUUAAUUUUAAAAGUGAUCUGUACUUAAAAAGAGGUGGGCUUUCCGUAGCACAGGGGCAAGGGGCUGGCAGCAGCUUCCACGGAGUUUCCCCAGCCCCUUUUGUUCCAAAGAGGUUGUGCCUGAGAGAAACGGCCCCCUCCCCAGGCCAGGGGUUGCCCACUUAGAGCCCUCCAGAUGUUGUGGACUCCUAGCUCCAUAGGACCAUUGGCCCUACUGGUUGGAGUCUCGACAACAUUGGACGGCAGCACGUGGGCUGCCCUUGCCCUGGCUUCCUCAACCUCGGCCCUCCAGAUGCUUUGAGACUACAAUUCCCAUCAUCCCUGACCCCUGGUCCUGCUCGCUAGGGAUCAUGGGAGUUGUAGGCCAGAAACAUCUGGAGGGCCGAGGUUGAGGAAGCCUGAUCUAGGUGGCAUUAGCCAUUGCACCCUGGAAAGGGUGUCCUCUUUUGGCAUUAGCUUCUUCGCUGCAGUUCUUGCUGCAGUGCUAGCGUUGCACUGGAGUCCCAGAUGAGCGCUAGGUGGUUGCACCCAGACACCAACAGACAGGUGGAAAGAGACCAUCUUUAUAGUAUGUCUGUUAUCUUCAGAGAGGGGGGCUCCCCUUUGUGCACGACUUGGCACAGAUUUGCCUUCGCAACGCUGCUGUUAGUGCAAGCGCUGGAGCCGAUCGCUCAGGCCAGCUCACAGGGUGCUUUAUCCAAGCAGCUGGCAUCAUUCUGGCCAGUGUAGCCUCAUAGUUAGUUGCCUUUUGUCUGUCUCUCCGGCUUUCCGCUGGGUAGCAGGCACAGCCUCGUCGACGAGCUUUAUUUUCUUCUCGUGCCAAAGUAGCUGUGUUUUGCUUGACCCUGAGCGCUUCCAGCAUCUCGAGACAUGGGCCAAGAUGCCACCGUUCUGGAGCACCUGACAAAGGCCCACACCAAAUAAGCAAAAUACCAAAUAAGUAAAAUGAAGUAAAUGGGGUGUGGAGGGACCAAGCCUGACACUGCGGGUCAGGUCAGGAUUCAUUGACUUUGCGAUUGCUCACAACCCAGGUAGGAACAUUGAAUGACUUCGGUUGAAUCAGGUUUUCUUAAAGCAAGGGAAUGUCCUUCCAAGAUUAAUGGGUGGUGGAGCAAACUGGCUUGUUCCUGGGGAGCAAGUCCCCACCACCAUCAGAUUGAUGGACAAAGUCCUUAUUACACAGUUCCCAGCCAUUCUGGCUGUGCCGUUUCCCCAUCUUUGUGGUCCAGCUUUCCAGAGAAGGGGACCACCAUCUGGGUCCCUUUCCUUGCUUGUUUUAUGGCUAGCCUGGACGUGGCAAGAUCCACAUUUUAAAGUACUUUUCGGUAGAGAUGCCCACAGGCUGGGGUGAUAAAUACCGUAUGAAGUCUUUAUGCGCUUAUGGCAUGUAUGAAGUCCAUUAGCUAUCCCUGCGUUUGUUCCAAUGAAUGUCAGGCACAUCUAUGCUGAACGGCGUUCAGGUUGGUCCUGGCCCAUCUUGUAAACCCGACCAAAAGUUUGCACUCUUCCCUGUUGCCAGUAGCGAAACGGACCUAUCCCCACCCCGGUGUCUUCUUCUGCUUCUCUGUUAAUUACUCAAAAGCCUUCCAGCUCUCACUUUCAUAGCAGCCAAAUUAGCCAUGGAAACUUUUUAAUUAGCACUUUCAUACGGUGUCCCGGCAUAAUUGCUGCAUUUGAAUGAUGACAGAAACCGGUCCUCCGAUCCUCAGAUGAAGGGUGGUUUAGAAAUUGAAGAAAUGCAAAAUAAAUAAACAAAUCGUGUGAUAAGGAAGUCUCUCCAAAUCUGUAAGACUGGCUAUGUCGCGUGCUAUGAAGUAUUUGUCUUGAUUUAAAUGAAUAUACAGUAUUUGUGCCUUUUCUGUUGUGUGUAUGUGCGUGAGUGAGAGAAAAGAGAGAUUUUCUCGGUUUUAUCUAUAAAUUAACUAUUCCUUAAUUGUAUGUUUGAUUUUUAAGCCUGAGGGAAUAAUGGAAUGAACAUUUUUAAAUGUAGUUUAUAUAGAAAUGUGGGCAAGCACCCUUGUUAUAAUUGAAAUGUAUUUUUGUUUACAUCAUUCAUUGCAAUAAAUAAAAGAAGUAUCAUUUAUA